GCACCUCCUAGAGGCGUCGAUCAGCGGGGCAGUCCCGCUCGCCAACCCCGCCCCUCCCAACUUUCAGUUUCGAUUCCGGGAGCGGCGAAAGUUGAAGGAGAAGCAGAGGGGUUGGGUUGAUGGUUGAUCGUACGAUCGUGCUGCUGGGAUUUGCACCAUCUCCUGCUUUAACUCCGGCACGUAACCCAGGUCAUGGCGAAAGAGCUGGUGACUAGCUUUGAGGAGAUUUUUCAGUGCUAUCUCUGCAGUAGGCCAACAACAAGUCCGAAGCUCCUGCAGUGUCUUCAUACCUUCUGCGCAGGCUGCCUGGAGCGUGAAUGCCAGCAGGAUGAUGUCAAGUGUCCCAUCUGUGAAAUGGUGACUCAUUCAAGUGUCUCCUCCCUGCGGGACAAUAUACUGGUGUCAAACUUACAGAACAGCAUGAGGAAGCAGCAGCAGAUUAUGGGCAGUGGGGAGCUGCACUGUGCCUCAUGCGAGGGGGUCACGUUGGCAGAGUAUAUGUGCCCGGAGUGUGACAAGCUGCUGUGCAGUAAGUGCCUGGCGGUCCAUCAGGUGCUUAUGGCUGAUCACACAAAGCACGUGCAGACCUUGGGAACCCUGAGAAAGCUGAACUCAGAUGAAUUCUUGAAGAUUCUGAGAAGAUCUAAGGAACUCCCCUGCAGUAUCCAUGAAGAUCAGCAGAUUAAUCUGUUCUGCAGGACCUGCUCCUCGUGGCUCUGUGUCUUGUGCGUGCUCCUGGAACACAAGGACCACAACUGCAUAACUGUGCGAAAGCAGAUCACCUUGCAGAAGGAUGAACUGCGUGACACUCUGACUGACAUAGAGAGGAGCCAGGAGAAUUUUGAGAAGUUCCAUACUCAACUGGAAGAGCUGGUGGACAAGCUGAACAAGGACAGGUACAAGCUGGAGGAUAUGAUCAAAGCCCGGGUUGCUGCUGCCCUGGAGAAGGUGAAGGAAGAGGAGCGGAGGUUGCUCAGUGAGCUGGAGGAGCUUCACUUGUCCAAAACCCGGAAGUUCCAGGAGUGUCUGACCAGCACGCAGAACGUGCUGAGGAGAAUGGCCGUGAGCAGAAACGUGGUGUCCCAGCUGCUACGCUAUGCCACCGAUGAGGAACUCCUGAGGCUACAGGGGAUGAUCAAGUUGGCUCUGAACCAGCUGCAGGCGGAAAAGCCGAUGGAUGUGCAGGUGGAAAACAGCAUCAUUGACUUCAAGGAGUGCUGCGUCUUUCCGAAGAAAAUGCUAGGCAGUUUGAUCAUUACGAGAAUGAUGCCUGAGUCCACUUCGGAACAGAAUUUCAAGUCAUUGGGAUGUGAUGUUGCUGCUCCAUGUAAUAAGGAAGUGGGCGAGACAUCAAAGUGCAAUCUCAACAAAAGGAAACGUCUUGAGUCUGAGGAAGAGCAGGUCUUCAAAAAGCCGUGCCAGAAGGAGGAGUCAAGCAACAACAUCGAGGCCGAGGAAACGCAGGUCUUCAAAAAGCCGUGCCUGAAGGAGGAGCCAAGCAACCACAUCGAGGCACUUCCCAAUGCUGGCCCCGGUGGUACCGUACAGAGCCCCAGUCACUGUAUAGAGAAUGUAAUUUCUGUUGUUGACCUUAACGGACAGGAACAGACAGACAAGUUCCAGGACAUUACAGCUAUUCCAGUGGAGAUGAUACAGAUAGAUUCUGAAGAUUCCAGCUGAGAUUCGGCUGGAGGUAAAGGCCUGAAUUGGAACGGAAAGGCCCAGCAGCAGCACUGACACUCAAGACUGUGGUGAUUAAUAUUGACUGAUGGUUGUAAUGUGUAAUACCUGCACUAUUGAUCUGUUAUCUGGAAUUGACAUGGAUAGAAAUGUAAUUAGUUGCUUUAUUGCUUUGGGUAGAUGGAGCUCGUCAGCCUGGGAAGGCAGUGCAUCUAAGAGAGGGAAAACUCUGAUUUCAAACCUCCGCUGCCUUGCGGCCAUACCCACUCAUGGGAAAGGCUUCGGGAUUAAACCCUGAGGACAAAUCCGGAGCUGGAGUCCCUAAGGCAGUCCGACGUUGCCUUCAACCUCGUUCUGCUAACUCCCGCGACAUCACUGGUGCCAAGCUGUAUUGGCCCUUGCCCUUCCCUUGGACAACAUCAGUGGCGUGGAGAGGGGAGACUUGCUGCAUGGGCAACUGCCAGUCUUCCAUACAACCCUGCCCAGGCCUGCGCCCUGGAGAAGACUUUCCAGGCGCAGAUCCAUGGUCUUGUAGACAACUGGAUGCCAUACAUACUUUAUUGCAGUCUUUAAAUGUAUCACUUUGCGCUGUGUAACUUCUCUUUCAUAUUAAGUAUCCACUCUCUUAAAACAAAGUUCAGCUGUAAGCCAAUCAGUUUAUUAACAUAGCAAAUAGAUUACUAAAUUUGGCAUGAUUCAGUCUAAGUAUUUACUGUUUUUUAUAUUUUUUUUGAUUCUUUUCAAAGCAACAAUGAUCAUUUUUUGAAAUCUCUUGGCCAUCAGCACACCAUGUCCAUGCUGGUCCAUUUACACUGAUCCCAUUUGCCAGGAUUCGAACCAUAUCCAUUUAUGCCUUGCUUUUUUAAGCACUUGAAAAAUUGCAUCUGCAAGAAUAAUUAUGUCUGACUCCAUCAGCCCCUCUUACAAUGAGUUCCAGAUAUCAUGGGAAUGAAGGCAGAGCAGAGAAGGCUGAAGUUUCUGGGAAUAGUUCACAAGGCGUAGGAUAGAUGUGUUCCACAGAGGAAGAAGUUCUCAAAUGGUAGGGGUGUGCAAUUCUGAGGCACCACCUUUUGAAGAUGUCCUCACUGGACUUGUCAGAAUCACGUUUAAUGUCACCGGCAUUUGUCGUGAACUCGUUGCCUUUGCAGCAGCUGUGCAAUGCAAUGCGUAAUAGUAGAAAAAAACAUGAAUUACAGUAAUAUAUAUAUAUCAGACAGUAAAAAUAGACAGUAACAUCUCUAUUUUGAAGAUUAUCAAAGUUAACGAGGGUCCUUUCCACACUGAAAAGUUAUUUUCAAGAUUAUGAAAAUUAAAUAAAUAUUUUUCUGUUGGUCUACACAGAAGAUGUCACAACAAAUCUCUUGGAAGUAUUGGAGAACAACAGGUCUAGGGAGAAUAGGGAACAGAGGGAAAUUAGCAUUAGUUCAUGAGUGGUGUUGGAUAACUUAAUGGGACUGAAAACUGGCAAAUUUCAAGGAUCUGCUUGCCUGGUUAUGAAAAAGGGGAAGAGGGGGCUGUGGAUGGAUAAGCUGGCUGUCAUCUUCCAAAAUUCAUUGGGUCAAGAACAGUUACCAUAGAUCGGAAGAUAGCUAACAUUAUCCCACUAUUUAAGGAAGAAGGAAAACUGUAAUCAGCUGGGCUGUUAUCUGCAGUUUGGUGAAUGCUAUCAUGCUUGAUAGAAACAUAGAAAACCUACAGCACAAUACAGGCCCCUCAGCCCACAAAGUUGUGUUGAACAUGUUCCUACCUUAGAAAUUACUAGGCUUACCUAUAGCCCUCUAUUUUCCUAAGCUCCAUGUAACUACCCAAAAGUCUCUAAAAGACCCUAUCGUAUCCACCUCCACCACCGUUGCUGACAGCCCGUUCCACGCACACACUCUCUGAUUAAAAAAACACCCCUGACAUCUCCUCUGUAACUACUCCCCAGCACCUUAAACCUGUGUCCUCUUAUGGCAAUCAUUUCAGCCCUGGGAAAAAGCCUCUGACUAUCCACACGAUCAAUACCUCUCAUCUUCAUAUACACCUCUAUCAGGUCACCUCUCAUCCUCUAUUGUGUCAUGUCACAACAUGGUGUCACGUACCCCAUGACCAGGUUACCAAACCAGCAGAAAUGGAAUGAUACGUUGGAGUCUGGGGGUACUGUAACUAAAGGUGUUUAUUAGUAAACUAAGUAAUAUAGUAUCAAAAAUGUAAAUAUACAUAUAAAACAGGUUAGCAAUGAUAAAUACAGAAGUGUAGGAAUAAGAAUCAAAACCAAGCUCUAUCGUAGUCUGGGUAAAUGAAUAGUCUUAAGAUAAUGCAGAGUUCAGUUCAGUUCAGCUUGGGUUGAGGUAGUUGCUGUUGUGACGUUGGGGGGAGAGAGAGAGAGAGCGAGUGAGAGAUGAGCAGCUGCAGCAGGCAAACCUUCCGUUGUCUUCUUGUUCCGUUGUGGUCACUGAUUAUGACCCCUCCAUUCCAGGUCAGACCGUACUUCAGUGGUGGGCUCAUCACCCAGGCAUGGGUGGACACACACACAAGCCGCCACCGGUCUGCCUUCACACACUGUGAGCCUCUGACCGAUUCCCCCGAAUCGAUCCUCCAAGCCCCCACCUUCCUGUGGGUGCACAACACUCUUUCAGUGUCCAGUGGCAUGUUUGCCGGUGUCUCAGCAGACUCAUCUUUUAUCUCCCCUGCCGGCGUACCAGCCAUCCAUCAACUGUCCAUGUCCAUCAAACUGGCCACUCCCUCCUGUCUCAGCAGGCACCUGGUACCCACUAUGCUGUGUCAGCAGGGAUUCACACAAGCAGGCAAAGUGGCAAAAUCUUUGGAAGUAAAGUCAACAAUCAGCGAAGAAGACAUAAUUUUUAAAUCCUUGUGUCUCUCUCAUUAUCAGUAUGUGCAGCAUGGUGCCUCUCCCCCUCUUUAUCUCUCUCUCUCAUUAGCAGCAUACUUCAUGGGGGGUCAACUCUGGAUCCCAUCUCCCCAUGGUUUUCUCAUCACACAUAACCUUAAAACAAUUUUUACCGGGGGAGGGAAUUCAAUAGUAAGGCACAUUACAGAGUCUAAUAUAAUACAGAUGCAGUCAUUAGCCAACAGAGUAACACAGAUAUAAUUUCCAAUCUAACACCUAGAUAAACAAUCAGCACUUACAUUGUCAGUUGCCUUUGUAUGUCAAAUUCUUGUAACAUCAGACUCCAACUUAGUUGUGGUCUAUUCUUAUCCUUCAUGUUAGUCAAAAAUACCAGUGGGUUGUGAUCAGUAUAAACUAUCAAUGGUUUCCAUGCCGGACAAAUGUAAACCUCAAAAUGUUGUAACGCCAGAAUAAAUGACUAAUUCUUUUUCUACA